AUGGCCGAUCCCCCAGACUUGUAUAACCAAAUCUCAUGUGUAGACUCGAGUAAAUUCACACAAACAACAUUGCUGCAAGACGCAGCCGAGGAGACACGGGUUUCCCUUUCUUUGUCUUACGCUAGAGUGCGCACUCCUAGAGCUAACGCUACGAAUGACAAGAAGAAGAAUCAAUUACGAACUGAUAAGCAGCCCGUCGCCUUCGACGCUACAGUCAGCGAGCGCUCGCGUGCAUCGCAUCGCAAUCGGUUCUUGAGUGACGCGGAGCGUCUCGUAGCUACAGAUCCACUAAAAACUCAGGAAUCUUUUGCUCAAGUCGAUUACCAAGAGGAUCAUUGGGUCUGGCACGAUAAGCCAGUAGCUACUAUCCUCCAGCACCUCAACGUGGACGCCAAAUACGGCCUUGACACUGAGAUUGCCCGUCAACGGCUGGACCAAAAUGGCUCCAACUCUCUUGAUGCAGAGAAGAAAUCUUCUGUCUAUAUUAUUUUCCUGUUGCAGUUCACGAACGUGAUCAUUGGUCUGCUGAUGACUGCAGCCGUGGCUUCGAUUGCUUUGCAAGAGUACGUUGAAGGUCUCGCUAUCAUUGCUAUUGUGACGCUAAAUGCAAUCGUUGCGACGGUCCAAGAGCAUAAUGCCAGUAACGCUCUUGAGGCGUUACAAAAGAUGACGUCGCCGCAGUGUGUGGUGCUACGCGAUGGCGGCCGACAAGUGCAGAUUCCAAGCGAGCAACUUGUCACUGGUGACAUUGUCGUGUUGACUACGGGUGACAUUGUACCGGCUGAUAUUCGCCUCAUUCAGAGCUCAGACUUGAAGGUCAAUGAAAUGAUUUUGACUGGAGAAUCUGAGGAUGUGCUGAAGAAGUACGAUGCCGAUAAAAGCCGCAGCGAGAAGCUGACGGCAGACAAUAUGGUGUUUGCUUCAACUUCAGUUGCUACUGGAAACGCUACUGGUGUUGUCGUCGAGACAGGCAUGGCCACACGUGUUGGAUCCAUUGCAAUGCUACUGGAGGGAGGAGGCAAUGGCGCUGAUGGCGCUAAACACUCCAACUGCUGGCACAGAUUUGACAAAUAUUACCCAAAGAUGACUCCCCUGCAGCAAAGUCUCCACAACCUCGGUGUAUUCAUGGGAACCGCUGUGCUGGGCAUCUGUGUGGUCGUCUUCAUUGUAGGAAUGGUACGUGACAACACAGACCCGAAGAAUCCUGAUCGUGCUGUCUGGCUUAACGUGGUGAUGAUUGCGGUAUCGCUAGCUGUCAGUGCUGUGCCGGAGGGUUUGCCUAUGGUAGUUACUAUUUGCUUGUCUACUGGUACGGCCGACAUGGUGAAGAAGAACGUCCUUGUUCGCAAACUUGCUGCGGUUGAAUCACUUGGUGCCAGCUCUGUCAUUUGCACUGACAAGACAGGCACUCUGACCGAAGGAAAAAUGACGGCCGUGAAAAUGUGGAGUGACUCGGUCGUGUAUGAUAUCACCGGCACGGGCUUCAACCCUUCGGGUGACAUUUUUCGCGAUGGUGUAAGCCAGACCAAGGAGCCAUCGGUGUCAAUCCCAGUGCACACGACAUUACUUUCAGCGGUAUUAUGCAGCAACACGAGCUUACAGCAAGAGGAGAGCGACACUGGUGCUUCAAUCUGGGUUCCAAUGGGCAACUCGUCUGAAGCCCCGCUCGUUGUUGCAGCUGCUAAAGCAGGUGUCUGGCGCGAGAAGGCUAUGAAGAUGUACCCUCGACUGAUGGAGGUGCCCUUCUCGUCUACGAGAAAGAUGAUGAUCACUGUCAACGAGCUACCUGCUGGAGAGCCACGUUUGGGCUUGUUGAAAUUGCCAGCCAAGACUAUGAUGAUUGCGAAUGUGAAGGGAGCCCCAAAUUAUAUCGUCAAAAACUGUGUUCAGGUGCUACGUCAAGACGGAUCUGUGACGACCAUGCACGAAUGUGAUCGUGAUAACAUCUUAGAGGCUGUGGACGCGCUGUCUUCUCAAGCACUCCGUGUCCUUGCUGUCGCUAUCCGCCCACUGGACAAGAUGCCCUUUUUGAGUGACGAAGAUGUGGAGACGAAGUUUCAGGCUCUUUGUGAACCUCUUAUCUUUGUCGGUCUUGUUGCCUCUAUUGAUCCUCCUCGAGCGGGGGUCAAGGAAGCUAUUCAAACUGCUCGCCAAGCAUCCAUUCGAACUGUAAUGAUCACUGGAGACUAUUUAAAGACAGCAGUGGCUAUUGCUCAUGAUAUUAACUUACUACCAGUAGGUGUUGACGCCGAAGUGCAAGCUGUGGAUUGCGGUGUGUUACGCCUGCGUCAAAACCUUUAUCUGCCCGAUGCAGAGCUGGAUGAAAUCACCAGUCAAGUGUCAGUGUUUGCACGCGCUAAACCUGAAGACAAAAUUGAAAUCGUCAAGUCUUUACAGCGUCAAGGUCAUGUGGCAGCGAUGACUGGUGAUGGUGUCAACGACGCGCCCGCGUUGAAGGAAGCCGACAUUGGUGUGGCAAUGGGAAUUGCUGGUACAGCUGUCGCCAAGGGCGCUUCGGAUAUGAUCCUAACGGACGAUAACUUCUGUAGCAUUGUUUCCGCCGUCGAAAAAGGCCGCGAAAUCUAUGGCAACAUCCAACGCUUCGUGUGUUUCCUACUGUCGACCAACUUUGGUGAAAUCGCUCUCAUCUUUACAGCUAUCGCCGCAGGCAUGCCUAAUCCUCUGGAACCUUUGCAAAUUUUGGUGCUCAACCUGUUUGCUGACGGUAUGGCCGCCGUCGCUCUCAGCCUUGAGAAGGGUGAUGGUACUGUGAUGUCGCAGCGCCCACGUCCCCGUUCAGAGCGCAUCAUUUUUGGCCGUCUCUGGAUUAUUGUGCUAUCGAAUGCGUUGUUGAUUGCAACUGGCGCACUGAUAGUAUUUACGUGCGGCCUCUACUGGAAUUUUGAAAAUGUUUUAUUCGAUGAUAUCAUCGCCGGCAUUGAUACUGACAAGGGUGAAGAGGCUUACAGAAACGUGGUAUGCUCUCGCUGGAUGGGUCUGGGUAAUCCGCGUCAAAUAUACAGUAAUUGCGGAGCACGCAAUCUCAACGGUACUUACAUCUUUGCUGAGAAUAUCCGUUCUCUGGACUACUAUGAGAGUAACGAGUUGCUAUGUUACGGCGGAAACUACGAGUGCGUGUCUGAGGGCAUCUCGCGAUCGCAGACGAUGGCAUUCGUCUACAUCACGACCAUGGAAAUGCUUCGCGCCUACACAGCACGCAGCUUUACGAAGUCAGUUUUCAAGGACAUGUUCAGCAACAAGUGGAUGCAGAUGGCUGCGGUGGGCUCUCUGGCGCUGACUCUGUCGGUCACAAACAUCCCCAUCAUCAACGAUGAUAUCUUUGGCUUCAAAUACAUUGAAUGGUACGAGUGGAUGUUCUCGAUGGUGUUUGCCCUGGUCAUGGUGGCUUUUGGUGAAACACUAAAGGGUGCCUACCGUUGUCGUGACCGCACAAAGCUCAACAACGUCACGGAAGAGAGCUACUCGGAUAUGGUUGUUGAAGUCCGAACCUUGCGAAACCACAUCGAGCACCUCGAAAGCAAAUGGGAAUCCGAGACGAACCAGAUCCGCAUUCGCGUGGGCGACGAUCUUAGUUUACUUUCUCCCAAUGCCCAUUCAACUCUCAUGUCGUCGAUGUCUGGCUCGAGUGAAGAGGAGUCGAUGCCGGCCAAGUAA